AGGAUUUCUGAUCCUGAAAGUCUGCACUGUCAGGGAAAUAUGAGGACUGUUUGCCGAGAGGCAUGUGGCCGGCACUGAUAAGACUGUGGGCAUUGGCUGAGAACUGCAGAAAGAGAAGUUUUCAUAAAGUGCAGGAUCGAGAUGGCCAGGCUGUGGUUCCUACUCUUGGGUAUCCUGUCUCUGACCGCUCAUUUCAAUACACUACAGGCUGAAGAAUGUUCCAUAAGGAAACUCUUCAAUGGCGAGGAUGAAAAAUUCUGCAGUAAAGGUUUAGAUAUUAUAUAUUCAGAUAUUGGCCUAGUGUCCUGCAUCUAUAUCCCCAACUGCUUUGACUUUUCUUGGAGCCUCUCCAAAGUGUGGGAACAUCCUUUAGUCAGAUACUCCAAAGCCCAACCGGGAGUAAAAUACGUCCUGAUUAUGGUAGAUUCAGAUGCACCGUCCCGAUGGGACCCCAAAUACAGAUACUGGAGGCACUGGCUGCUUACUGAUAUACCGGGCUGGCAGCUUAUUUCUGGACAAGAUUUAACUGGAAUUGAUAUAUCAGCCUAUCAUAGGCCAAGUCCACCACCAGGGACCGGCUACCACCGAUACCAGUUCUACCUCUAUGAGCAGCCUAUUGGGAUACAGCCAUACCUCCUCCCUGAGGAAUCUCGCAGAAGCACCUGGGAUUUCGAAGCCUUUGUUGCACGCACCAAACUAGGAAAGCCCUUGGCCACCACCCAGUUCAUGGCUAUGAGUCACAUUCAGUAAAAUGCAGUGACUCUGACCUUCCUCUAAUAUUGUGCAGUUGUGUUUUAGUCAUACCAAUUAUUACAGUCAAAUGUGUUUUUAGGCUACACUACAUAAAGAGAUAUUGGCACAAAUGAAAUGCUUAUGUAAUGAAAUGUAGUUACAUAUUUAUAGGUACUUAGAUAUUAAAUAAGUAAAAAGCAUUUGCUUAAAGG